AUAGUAGAACUUUUCGGACAGACAUCAUCAUUCAGUUGACAUUUGUGGAUUGUGUAAAGGAAACAAAACAUAACAAAAACUUUUAAAAAUGUUCAAAUUCAUGUCAUUCUUCUUAUUCGCCGUAAUCUUCGCUAUGGCUUAUGCUAAACCAACCGUCUACUAUUCACCAUACACAGCCGAAGUAGUUGGAUCACCAGUGUUGUCCACAAGUUCUCAAUACGUUGCCAGAAAUUACAAUGGAUAUGCAAGUUAUGUUGCAGAAGCACCAGUCGUUUCAUCACUUCCAUAUACAUCACUAGGAUACCCAUAUGCAUCGUAUGUACUUUAAGUAGAUCAAACAUACACAAGGCUCUAAAACGUGAACUAUUUUGCAUGGCAUGAAAUAACACGACGAAAAA